UCGCUAACUAUCCUUUGUUGAUGCAAGUUUAGCUACCUUAUUGGCCUCUCGAGUCCUUAGGCAUCUGAUAGUCUGUUGAGUCUUGUAUCUUUGUUGUCUGUAAUCUGUUAUAAACCAACUAGAGAGAAGAAAAAAAUUUCCCAUUUGUUUGCACAAUAUUGACUUGCCAUGGAAGAAACAUUUGUUCCCUUCCGUGGAAUCAAGAAUGAUAUUAAAGGAAGACUUUUGUGCUACAAGCAAGAUUGGAUUGGUGGUUUCCGAGCGGGUAUCAGGAUCCUUGCUCCAACAACAUAUGUAUUCUUUGCUUCGGCAAUUCCAGUUAUAUCUUUUGGAGAGCAGCUGGAGAGAAAUACAGAUGGAACUUUGACUGCGGUGCAAACUCUUGCAUCGACAGCACUUUGUGGCAUCAUCCACUCUGUUCUUGGAGGACAGCCUCUGCUGAUACUGGGAGUUGCUGAACCAACAGUUUUGAUGUAUACCUUUAUGUUCAAUUUUGCAAAAGACCGAAAGGAUUUGGGGCAGAAACUCUUCUUAGCCUGGACAGGAUGGGUUUGUGUUUGGACUGCCCUUUUGCUCUUCUUAUUGGCAAUUCUAGGGGCAUGUUCUAUAAUCAAUCGAUUUACUCGACUUGCUGGUGAAUUAUUCGGUCUACUAAUUGCAAUGCUAUUCAUGCAGCAGGCUAUUCGGGGAGUUGUGGAGGAGUUUGGCAUUCCCCAACGUGAAAAUUCUAACCAAACUGCAUUGCAACCUGCUUGGCGAUUUGGAAAUGGAAUGUUUGCACUUGUUCUGUCAUUUGGCCUUCUUUUUACAGCACUAAGGAGCCGUAAAGCCAGAUCCUGGCGCUAUGGAACAGGUUGGCUACGUGGACUGAUCGCAGAUUACGGGGUGCCACUUAUGGUGCUUUUGUGGACUGCUGUAUCUUAUAUCCCAACCCAUGAUGUUCCAAGAGGGAUCCCAAGGCGACUUUUCAGUCCAAAUCCAUGGUCUCCUGGUGCAUAUUCAAAUUGGACAGUUAUCAAGGAAAUGUUGAAUGUGCCUCCUCUUUACAUAGUUGGAGCUUUUAUUCCAGCAACCAUGAUUGCUGUUCUUUACUACUUUGAUCACAGUGUUGCAUCUCAACUUGCCCAACAGAAGGAGUUCAAUCUGAAAAAACCAGCUUCAUAUCAUUAUGAUCUGCUUCUCUUGGGCUUUCUGGUUAUAUUAUGUGGUCUGUUUGGCAUUCCCCCAUCCAAUGGUGUAAUUCCGCAAUCUCCAAUGCAUACAAAAAGCUUAGCAACCCUGAAACAUCAGCUUUUGCGUAAUAAGCUAGUGGCAACAGCAAGAAAAAGUAUAAGAAAAAAUUCAAAUCUGAGUCAAUUAUAUCGGAACAUGCAACAAGCAUACAAUGAGAUGCAGACUCCACUUGUCUAUCAAUUUCCAUCGGCUUUGGGGCUGAAAGAACUGAAAGAAUCCACCAUCCAGUUGGCAUCAAGAACAGGUUACAUUGAUGCCCCUGUUGAUGAAACCAUUUUUGAUGUGGAUAAGGACAUUGAUGAUCUAUUACCUGUUGAAGUCAAAGAGCAACGUCUCAGUAAUCUGCUUCAGGCAUUGAUGGUGGGGGGUUGUGUUGCUGCUAUGCCUCUUCUUAAGAAGAUCCCAACUUCUGUACUCUGGGGCUACUUUGCUUUUAUGGCCAUUGAGAGCUUGCCUGGGAACCAAUUCUGGGAGAGAAUAUUACUGCUUUUCACUGCUCCAAGUCGAAGAUACAAGGUUUUGGAGGAGAAUCAUGCAACAUUCAUUGAGACUGUACCCUUCAAAACAAUAGCCAUGUUUACCACAUUCCAGACAGUUUACUUGCUCUUGUGCUUUGGCAUAACAUGGAUUCCAAUAGCUGGAGUACUUUUCCCUUUGUUGAUCAUGCUUCUAGUGCCAGUGCGGCAGUAUUUCCUUCCCAAGUUUUUCAAGGGAGCUCAUCUUCAAGACCUGGAUGUUGCAGAGUAUGAGGAAGCUUCCGCCAUUUUUGAAGACCAGGAUCAACAAGCAAGAAUUACAAGCAUUGAUGGUGGGGAAAUUCUUGAUGAAAUUAUCACAAGAAGCCGUGGUGAGAUCCGCCACAGGCAUAGCCCUAAAGUAACAAGUUCAACUCCUUCAGACGACAUAAAACCUUACAAUAGCCCACAAUUGUCAGAGAGGGCAUGUAGUCCCCGUGUUAGUCAAUUGAGGAUGGAAACAAGUCCCUGGGUGACUGGAAAAGGACUCCAAUCCAAGCAAACUCCUAGCCCUGGACCAUCUACACUUGGACAAAGCAGCCAUGCUCCAUCUUCGUGCUAAAACCAUACAUUGUAAUUCUGGUGAGUUUAAAAUGUCAAUUGUUCUCGAGAGGUCUUGUGCUAAGUUCUUGUAAUUGAAAUGUUCUUCUGUCAGUGUGUUUUCUAUUUCUGGUACUAACUAUUGGAUGUUUGCCAGUAGUUUUAUGUAUCUUCCUUAUAUUAUAAUUAUCACAUUGUUGGGUUUGAGACUACUUUGUUGGAAUUUGGCACCCUACUAGCUCAUGCUAGAGGAAACGUGGAAUAAAUAAUGAGUUUCAUU